AUGUGUCCUACAAAUUCAGAAUUGCAGGACAUGGAGUUGAUCCUCCAGGAGUGGAUGAAAAUCAGGAAAAUCCAGGCCAAGAACAGGUUGUUACUCGGCGCUCUCCACGUAAGAAUACACUUGGUGAUAAAGAAAACAAGAUUACAUAAUGGUUCACCAAGAAGAUCUCCAAGGAAGCCAAUUUCUGGCAGCAUCCCACAGCAAUCACCAAGCAGACCACUGAAAAGAUCACCCAGUAAAAGCAGCCCACAGAAAGGGAAGUUCUUCUCAAUAUUUGAUCCCAAGCGUCGGCUCUCAGACAAGGUCUCUGUAGCAGACAAAACUAUGAUCAAAACUGUUGGGAAGAAGGUCCCUCUGAGAAAAAGUGAUGGAUCCCAAAUGAUGAUUGAUGCAGGACAAAGGGAAUUUGGGGCCAAACAGUGUAAUGUCUGUGGCAUUAUUUAUGAGAUUGGCAAUCCUGAAGAUGAAGCUUCUCAUGAGGCCCAUCAUAAUAGCUUCCUCAACACACUCAAAUAUAUUGGUUGGAAGAAGGAAAGGCUAGUAAGGGACUUAGAUCAUCAUGGAGGAAGGGUUAUCAUGGUUUCUACAGACUCUCAGCAUUGUUGGCGUAAAGUGGAGGAGAUAAGAGAAAUCGUUGCAGAGUUGGGCUUCGCUGAAAAUGGGAUCCGCGUGAAAGAAAACACAAAGGUCUUCUUUUACGUUCUUGAGAAGAGGAUUGUUGGCUGUCUUAUUGCCGAGACCAUAAGGGAAGCACACAAGGUGAUCCCACAAAGAUCACCUAUAAGAGGGGGUGGCCAGUUAGUGUGCUGCUCUGAAAAACGGUACAAAGUAUGGGCUGGAAUUAGCAGGAUUUGGGUCUUGGCUUCAGAGAGAGGGAAGGGUAUUGCCUCAACGUUGGUUGAUGCAAUGAGAGGUAACUUUCUCACCAGCCACUUCCUGACUCUAGAUGAAUUUGCCUUUUCCGAUCCCACUGAGAGUGGAAUGGGAUUUGCUGAGAAGUACACUCAGAGAAGAGAUUUCCUUGUUUAUCGUCGUUAGUAACAAUAAGAGCAUUUUUUUUAGUGUAUUUGAAAUGAUAGAUAUAUGCUUGUGUUAUAUUUAUACCAGAAAUAUUUUGAGAUAGAUAUUUUUAUUUAAAUCAUACUGUACUGUUUUUUUCUCUCUCUCUCAGUACAUUCUGCAGUGCAAGGAAGAAAUGUUUGUCUAUGCAGAUACAAAAUGUAUUUUAAGUUUGUAGGGUAGCUGUAAAAAUUAUAUUAAUAAAAUGCUAAGUAAGCAUUUAUCCAGCUCUCAGACUUGGCUAAUAUUUAAAAAAUAACCCAGGAUUUGAGUUUCAGGAACAAUUUUAUUAAUUUUAAGGUGUAAAAAUUGAUU